CGGGUUUUGAGUGGAUUUUGAUCUGGCUUUGGAGCUCUCACGUUUCCAUUCGAUUUUUAAUUGUUCUAAUUCAUCUAAAUAAUUAGCUCUACGGAAAGCUGAACAAAGCAUAGAAUACAGCGGCUUCCUGAACCUUCGAAAUUGUUGUCUAUCUAAAGUUGCUCCAUGGGUGGGGUUAGAUUGAUCGAGUGAGACAUGUUUGAUAUUCGAGAUGUCUUCCUUGGAAUGGUAUGGUGAUCGGCUCAGAAAGCUACGAACUAGAAUGUUUCUUGUGACUUCAUCUGAUUUCAUAUUGGCUUUCUGGAUCUUUUCCAUGGUUUCGAGUAACCGCUCCUCGCGUUCUGCUCUGCUUGCUGAUUCGUUCCAAGGGUAGCUUUCUGCAUCAUGAAUGGUCUUCUUGGCACUGAGGAGGAUAUUGGAGGUGUAUUCGUCUGGGAUGUAACCCUUUGAGACGAGCUCGGGCAAGGCCUCGUAGGCGGACUGAAGCCCUCUUCGACGACCGAUCGAAUGUAAUAGAAUUCCGUAAGUUUUUUGUUUUCCGCCAUCCAUAAGAAUCCUGCGGCGUUCCAUAUUAUGAAUGAUUCUUGUCAAGUCUUCAACAUGACCAAGCCUUGAUUUCAAGCUCAGAUAGAGAUUGUGGGCAUCAUGAUCUGGAACAAUAUGGGGAUGUGAGACCAGAGCAUCCCACACCGAGCAAGCCGAGUGCAGCAGUGGUCGCGGCGUUCGCCUGUCCCACACCGACAUACACGCCUUGAAUUGAUCCAACGUUUGUAAUUCCGGUGGAAGCUCCGCUAAAAGAUCAUGGGCUAUCGAAAGAUGCUGAUGUGAGGCGCACGUGCUCAUCAACCGAUGAAGAAAUUCAGAGGCAAAGGAUUUUGAGAAGUUGGGGUGUUGGCGGAGUACUUGAAGAACCAUAGCAGCAGCGGGCUCGUGGCAGCUCAUUCUUAAGAGUGCGUCGCAAAGAAUCUCGAUCGAUUGUGUCAUACAUUUCAUACAAUCGGUUUCUUGAUUAAAUGAAUCGGUAAUUGCCUCAGAAAGUUGAAGGAGCACCUCGAUUCUAGCGUUUUGAGUUUUCAAGGACGACGAAAACAGGAUUUUCCGGGAUGCAAUUCGAAUGAUUGAGAGAAAAUCGGAUCGUCUCAAAUUUCUCUGACGACUCAGUAAUCGUUUCAAGACCGUCCAAUUUUGAUAUUUUAAGGUAGCCAAGCCGAUCGAUUUAAAGAUCCUCGCAUCAAACUUGCUCGACGGAAACCGCUCGUGGAAUCUUUGAGCUUGUUCGGCGUCUCCGAAGAUCGUGAGGAUUUUGCUAGGAUGGAGAAAUAAGAAUUCAUGGGUGAUGUUGAGAAUUGUAUUUUGAUCUAAUCUCUUCCCUUUCGGAGUAUUCAAGAAUUCGUUCCAUUGCUCCCAGUGAUAUUUGACGCGCUUGUGGAUUGAAGAUUUACUGGCACGCCCCGCGUUCUCUUUGAGGGAGAUAAGCUCUUUGAGGAGUAAAUCCGUAUCGAUUUGAGUUGACGGUCCAGCCUCAUUUGAGGGAACUUGUUCUUCGCCAAUCGAUUCCGACCCCUUAGUGGUAGCAUUCUGAUCAUCAUCCUUCGAACCACGUGGAGAUACGCUGAGAUUGAUUGCCGGUGAGAAGACCGAGGAUGCUGACGGGUUCUUCACUUUUGGUUGUGACGGCCUAUGCUGGAAAAAGAUACUAGUCAGGAUGUGUCUGAGCGAGGUGAGUAUGCUUGAACAAUACUUCAGCUUGGACUCACAUCAAGCUGGCUUGCGCACUACUGGCUCUUCGAUGGGUUGCUGGCUUGAAUGGACAGCAGCACAGUUUGCGGGGUUGACCAUCGGCAAGGACAAGUUUGGAUGAGCUGGUCGAUGAACGGAUAAGCCUUGCUGGGUUGAAGCAGGCCGAGAGUGUGAUGACUUGGAACAUGAGGCAAUCAGCCCUGACUUCGCUGCAUGCACCCCACCUGUGCUGUUCCUCUUGGCUGCUAUUUAUAUAGGGGCCAGCACUGGGAUUACCUAAGCACCCCCGCUACAAGGAUAUCACUCAACUAAAGACUAGUACCGAGGGCGAGUAUCAACCAUGCACCAUCAGUUGACGGACUGCCCAUAGCGGGGAACACAAGAGCCGCAAUCUCAUCAUGUCAACCGAUUCAAACAAAACGAUCCCAUCCUCAUCACGUCUAUUGGAAGCCACCAGACCGGUGUUCGAUCGGCUCAAGAACUCUUCCAUCGAACGUCGACGCAGAGCAUCCUCUGAAUCCAUCUCAAUCGAUACUAGUGCAUCCAGCUUGUCCUCUGUCGACCAAGAAUGGGAGGAAAAUAUUCGACAACUUCAUCUGCUGAUCGAUGUCAUCCUGCUGCCUUGCUUCGGAAAAUGGCUCGGGCGGACAACGGCUUCGUGGAUCUAUGCUCGUUACACUCAAAGCUUCGCAAACACGGCGAUGGAUUCGAUAGGAGUACUGCGAAAGAUCACUGGUCAGAAAUGAAGAUAAUGAAUGGCCUCAGUUUUCCACUAUGCCCACUUCAGUCCAAUUCUAGCUGCUGGCGAUCGGGAACUUAUUCAAAAAUCACACCUGCACUGUUCCAUUUUACUUUUCCACUUCACACACGCUCCGUGUGCUCUCUAUCAGUAGAUAAUCCACACUAAACUUUCAAUGAACUUGUGAUUUCAAGUAGAUUCACAUCCGGUUUUUUUUUGGCAUUUUUGUUGUUGCUUAUAAUGUACUAAUAUUAUUUUCCAUUUCACUUGGCAAGUAAGGGCCCGCAAAUAUAAAGAUCACCUUAGAACUUGGUUUCAUUUCAACUGUGUUUUAUUGAUAUUCAUGGUCGUCCAGCACUCUAAUUAAUAACUAAUCCCAGAAUCUUCUAGAAACAGUCCGAUUGCCCUAGCAUACAAUGUGAGUCAAGUUGAAAAAUGAUUUCCGAAG